GGGGCAAGCGCAGGGUCGGUUUUGUCCAGAAUCGCGCUGCGCAUGGCGAGGGUGGAGGAAACAGCCUUUCGACGAAACGGGAGCGGGAGACUGGCAUGAAGCGACUGGAGCAAGAGUCUCCCCCUCCAUCCGUCGUCCCCAGAGGAGAUGGCGAGUCAUCUGACCUGAAGUGCCCGUAAUCUCGCUGCUUCUUUGGGGUACUUUUCAGAAACAUUUAAAUGAUGACGGCUAUUCUAGAACGGAUCGGUACCUUGUCCAUCAGUGGACAACAACUCCGUCAACUUCCUCAGCUCCUGGAAGAAGGCUUUCCCAAGAUGCCUUGCACAGUUAAAGAAUCUGAUGUGCCCCAACUUUUCAGGGAGCCUUAUAUCCAAGCUGGCUAUCGCCCCAUAGGUCAGGAUUGGCGCUAUUAUUUCCUCAGUCUCUUCCAAAAACAUAAUGAGGUUGUUAAUGUCUGGACUCACCUUCUGGCUGCUUUGGCAGUGCUGCUGAGAUUUAAUGUAUUUGCUGAAGCAGAGGGCUUGUCUCUGGAGAUCCGCUCCUUACCUCUCUUCAUCUUUGUCCUUUCCUCUGUUACAUAUCUGACAUGCAGCCUCUUAGCUCAUCUCUUGCAGUCCAAGUCAGAGAUAUCACACUAUACUUUCUAUUUUGUGGAUUAUGUUGGCGUCAGCAUCUACCAAUAUGGAAGUGCCCUGGCCCAUUUCUAUUACAGCUCUGACCAAGCCUGGUAUGACAAAUUUUGGCUUUUCUUCUUGCCAGCAGCUGCUUUCUGUGGGUGGCUGUCAUGUGCUGGCUGUUGCUAUGCCAAGUACCGCUACCGGCGCCCAUACCCCAUCAUGAGGAAAGUAUGUCAAGUGAUCCCAGCGGGGUUGGCAUUCAUCUUGGACAUCAGUCCCGUGGCCCACCGUGUGAUUAUGUGCCACCUUGAAGGCUGUGAGGAGUUGGCUGCUUGGUACCACACCUUCCAGAUACUUUUCUUCCUAGUCAGUGCUUAUUUCUUCUCUUGUCCAGUUCCUGAAAAAUAUUUCCCUGGGUCCUGUGAUAUUGUUGGUCAUGCCCACCAAAUUUUUCACACAUUCCUUGCUAUUUGCACACUCUCACAAUUGGAAGCCAUCUUCUUGGAUUACAAGAACAGUCAAGAUAUCUUAUUCAAGCGACAUGGAUCUCUUUCCAUCAUCCUGUCUUGUGGCUCUUUUUUUGGCUUAGUUGCUUGCAGUGCUGUCACUGCACUCCUACUGCAGCGCAAAAUCAAGGAGGAACUGGCCAUAAAGGCGUCCUGAGAGACUGACAUAGAAACAGGGUUCAGUCCUGAUGUGCUUGAAGAAAACUAGGAAGAGGGAAGUUUACUCAAGUACUGUAUAUAAGUAAAUUAACCUAGUGGUUUUUCUCUAUAAAUUAUAAUUAAGGAAUUGAUUACAGGUGGGCACUAAUUUAUUAUAUCUGCCUUAUGCCCUAAACAUUUUUACUAACUGUACCUAUUGCUGGGCAAAGGGCAUUUAGAAUACUUAAUUUAAGAGUUAUAAAGGCAGAUUUUUCUAAAUGGUUUACUUAUUUAUAGAAAUUUGUAUUAUGUGAAAGAGGAUACUAUGACUAACUAGAAGAGUAGACUAUUGCCAUUGACUUGCACAUUUGUAAAGCUCUUAUCUCAUUGGAAAAUUGGAACUGUGUGGGUUAUAUUACUUCAGAAUAUAAAUGGGGAUGGGGUCACAUAAGAGAGAAAAAGAUUCCUUAACACAUUGGGUCAAAGUCCUUAGCUUACUAGUUUAUGUGUAGGGAUUUUUUUUCAUGUUAAAUCAUAAGACUCAUUACUUGCAAUCUGAAAUGGUA